AUGCCAAACGCAGACACACUUGAGAAACUGCCUUAUCUUAGAGCCGUUCUAAAAGAGUCGCUUCGCAUUUCUCAUGGUGUCCCUGGAAGAAUGCCGCGCGUCGUACCUCCAUCCGGCGUCAGACUGUGUGGGAAUUACAUACCCCCUGGAACCAUCCUUUCGCUUAGCCAGUAUGUGUAUAACAUUGAUAGCUCGGUAUUUCCAGAUCCACAGUCCUUUAAGCCUGAGCGCUGGCUUGGCGAUGACUUUGAGUAUCUGGACCGGCACUUGGUAACCUUUUCUAAAGGCUCGCGGGGCUGUAUUGGUAUCAGGGUUAUCAUAGUCGGAGGGUCAGUUGCAGGCUUGACACUUGCCAAUGCGUUGUCUCGCAAGAACAUUGACUUCCUCGUGCUUGAAACCCGGGAUAUGGUCACAACACACAUUGGAGCUGCAGUAUGUCUGGUGAGCAAUGGAACAAGGAUCUUGGAUCAAAUGGGAAUGUUGGAUGAGAUAUCUGAAGCGACAAUGCCACUCAAGGCAUUUUAUACAUGGCGAGCGAAUGGGAAGUUGCUGCGCAAAUUGCAUACACCUGAGAUUCUUCAAACUCGUCAUGGAUACCCAAUUGGGUGGAUACAGCGGCAAAAUCUGCUUCAGAUUCUUUUCAACCAUAUCCCCGAAAAGGAAAAAGUCUUGCUAGGGAAGAAAUUUGUCAAGGCUGAAAGUCUUCCCGAAGGGGUCAUUGUCCACUGUUCUGAUGGUAGCUCCUACAAAGGUGAUAUCAUUAUCGGUGCAGAUGGAGCCCACAGCUCAGUCCGACAGAGCAUGUGGCAGCAUAUGAGAAACAAUGGGUUAGAACAGAUCAUAAAAAAAGAUACCACAGAAAUGACGGCUCAAUACUCCUGUGUAUAUGGAGUAUCUGAGAACGUAGCUGGGGUUGAAGACGGAAUAGCACAUCGAAUGCUUUGUAAAGGAUUUAGCACCGUCCUCAUUUCUGGAACAGAUGGACUUCUUUACUGGUUCCUAGUUACCAAAAUGGACAGAAAGUACAAGGCUCCCCAUAUCCCACGAUAUACCAAAGACGAAUUAGAAGCGCAUGUCGGCCGUUAUUUGGAGCAAGAGAUGGCUCCUAAUAUUCGGCUUAAGACUAUUUAUGACAAAACCACAUCAUGCCAUUACACUCCACUUGAAGAGGCAAUGUACGAGCACUGGACAUGGGAACGAUUUGCAUGCCUUGGAGAUGCAAUACAUAAAGCCUUGGUGCCAAUGCUGCUGUCGAAAAUGCCGCAUCAUUAG